AUGGGCGUGGGCCUUGCUCGAUCCGUCUGUGAAUAUGUCGACGGCAGUAGAUGUGGUGAUCUAUCGUACAUUAUCCAAGCCGGUCUAACCUUGGUCUAUUAUGCUGCUGCGCACUACUCCGGGGCCGUCCCGGAAGGUCUGCCGACCAAACGUCAACUCGAUGGUUCUCAGGACUAUGUGCGCCUGUGGGAAACCAUGUUGUCUAGCAGCGGUGAUAUCUCCUACGACAGUCUCGCACCACUUGCAUUCAACUCCGAUGAUGCCACCCUGACUAGGCGCCAAGGAGAGCCUUCCCUUGUCCACCGUCUCCAGGUUGCUGGUUUCACCCUUGACAACUCCCCCAAGCACGAUAUCAUUGCCAAUCACUAUGACAACGGUGAGACUGUUCUCCAACUGCCCCUUCCAGGAGGGAAUUAUGACGCAAAUGCUACUGUGAGCUCCAAUCUGCAUAAACGAUUCGAUAAGCCGGGUUUCAAAAUCUCGUUCACUACCAGAGAGAGGUCGAAGCUUACCCAGGACCAUCAAAAGUCUAUGGCCCUUGCAGGGGCUGCUACGUGGGCCGUCUAUGCGGAUAACGCCAGCCACAAGAUGAAUGAUUUUAUCGGCUUCGCAGAGACAGAGCAUGCGGCGAACUUCUACUACCGGAUCAUUCCCGAAAUCAGAGGGUUUGGAACUAAUUACGAAACUGUUGAUAUUUGCGGUGGCAUGGCAUCAUACUUGUAA